GCCAGGUUGGAGGGGGCUUGGAGCAACCUGGGCUGGUGGGAGGUGUCCCUGCCCAGGGCAGGGGGUGGCACUGGGUGAUCUCUAAGAUCCCUUCCAACCCUGUGAUCCUGAGGAGCUUUAAACGCCGGGCAGCGAUCCAGCGCCUAGCCUCCUGCUCCCCGCCGCUGCGAAGCGGCUGUUCCCGGGGGGCUGAGGGCCGCCAGCCCCUCUCUGGCCGCCCGGGGAUGCGUGAGGCGCCGGAGCCGGCCCGCCCCAGCGCUCCGGGACCUGCCGUUGCCUGAGAAGCGCGGCGGGGUGGCGGGCAGGGCUCCGGAGGCGGCCGGGCCCGGGAGGGGAAGCGCAGAGAGCCGCCGCCAUCUCCCCGCCGCUGGGCGCCGCCAUGUUCCCCGCCUCAGGGCCCCGCCGCCGCGCGCAUGCGCCAAGGGAGCCAAUCAGCGUUUCCCAGCCUGCCCUUCGGCUUCCGGGGCGCCCAGGGGUCACGCUCUCGUUGCCUGGCGACGGCGCAGGUCACGGCCCAGGCCUCCGGUGGGAGCAGGCCGCGGGCUGGAGCUCUCCUCAGCGGGCUCCCGCCUGCUUCUACCGAGUUUGAGCAGAGCAUGGAGCCCUGCUCGGCUCCAGAACCAGGGUUUCCUGCAGAAAAGAGCUCAUCGGUGCCGCCGAAAACAUUCCGUGUCCUGGUGGGUGUGACUGGGAGCGUGGCUGCCCUGAAGCUGCCUCUCCUCAUCGCCGAAUUGCUGAAAAUCCCGGGGCUCGAAGUCAAGGUGGUCACUACAGAGAGAGCAAAGCAUUUCUACAAUGCCCAGGAGAUUCCUGUCACCCUCUACAGCGACGAAGAUGAAUGGCAGCUGUGGAAAGGUCGUUCGGACCCCGUCCUGCACAUUGAGCUCCGACGUUGGGCUGACCUUAUGUUGGUGGCACCUCUUGAUGCAAACACCCUGGCCAAGCUGGCCAACGGCAUCUGUGACAACCUGCUGACUUGUGUCAUCCGGGCGUGGGAUCUGAGCAAACCUCUGUUCUUCUGCCCAGCGAUGAACACGGCCAUGUGGGAGCAUCCCAUCACAGCUCGGCAGGUGGAGCAGCUGAAAGGCUUUGGCUACACGGAGAUCCCCUGUGUGGUGAAGAAAUUAGUGUGUGGAGAUGAAGGCCUUUCACCCCAAAGCCUCUUCUUCCACCGUAAUUUUUCGGUUUUGUGGGUUUCAUCCACAAAGGGGUUUGCCCGGCUUCCACCCAAGCAGCAGGUAGCAAAAGCUCACACAUCUGGUGCAGAAGAAAAGAAGAGUCAGUUUGCACCAGUUUUGUCUGUUGACGUUGUGGUUUGUCUUGCCGUAGAAGAGGUUUAUCUUCCUCCCCUCAUGUGGCUGGGCUCACCUGAAAUGGGCCAGAUCCUGAGUUUCUGCGUUACAAGCUUCACCUGAUUGAUUUUUCUUCCCUAGUAAAUGGAAUUUUUGAUGUAGAGCCUGGGGUAAAAGAGUUAAAAUAAAUUAAAUAGGGUUGACAAUUAACAUGUUUCCUUGAUUGGAUAGUUAAAGGUAAGCUACCAGCUGUUGGCCUUGAUGAUAUCCAUACGCCACGAUCUAAAGAGAGCUUUGAGAGGUGCUUGCAGCAAUUUGCCUUUUGCAAAAACAUUUCCAAACUGCUAAUAUCUUCAUCAGCCUUGGCUGGAUUUCUAGAGCAUGGCACACUGGAAGAUUUCUGCCUGGAGGCACGAGCUGUGCUGUGAGACAGUUGCCUUAGCAAGAUUUUGCUCUGCUAAACCUAAAAAUCCAGCUGUGAGUUGCCAAAGCUGUUGAGGAAGCAGGAGGCAGGUAUUGGAAUUGCUCUUGAAGGGUAUAGCUCUGCCAAACUGUGAAGAGGAAUUUCUCCUCUGGAGCAGGACCUGUUGGCUGCAGCUCCUCUCCUUAAGGUUAGGAGAUCAGAAGGGCCCAAAUCUGCCCAUGACUUGUCCACAGGAGGCUUCAGACCUCCUGGGAUUUACAGGGCUGGAAAAGGCAGAGUGGAGAAUGGGUCUUAAUUUGCAGGGAAACCCUAUUUUCUUCACCUUCCAAAAGCAUCAUUCUUCAUCUCAAUCUCAGUAGAUCCAGUUACACCUUCUGUCCUCAGCUUAGGUGGGUCCUCUGUCUUGGAAAACUGGGGGUCAGGGUGGCCUGUCCCCUUCCCCUCCAUCUCUUGCCUGCCCUCAGGUCGUUACUGUCCUUUGGACUCUGCUGUUUCACUGUUCAUCUCUGCGCUCGCUAACCCAGCUGUGGAAGCAGAGCAGAAAAAAGAGGAGAAAGAAGCCCUCCAGAACUAAUUUCUGAUGACAAAUAAGGCACAUAUUUUAAAUUAUUUGAGCAAAAGAUCAUGAGAGACUCCAUUUUUGAAAUCUUCAAAUGGAGACUGGUGGGAGAAGGAUCUUUCCUCAGCCCCAAGCAAAUUCCAGGAGGGAACGGGCUGAGUUCAGUACACGAGGUCGGACGAGAUGAUUUAAUGAUCUCUUGGCUUUAAAAUUCUGAACCUCAGUUUAAAAAGUAUUUCAGAGGGAAAGCGACAGCAGAGAGAGAGAGUGCAGAUUAGAUGCUCAUCUGGCAACGUUCAUUAGAUGUUCAUCUAAUUGGACCAAAAGGAAAAGCUUUCACAUUUUGUUCUGUCCGGUGCUGAGUCUUCUCCAAGAAUCACUCCCAAGAUUGGAGCUGGUGCCAAUCCAGGACAGCUUUCUCUGAACUGGGUCUAACCUCAGAGUCACAGGAAUGGUAUGAAUUUGAGAUGUCUUUUUUAUAUAGGCAAGGGCCAUUUCACAAAGAUAC